AUGGUGCUGUGUCCGCCUUUCCGAUGGUCGUCCAAGGGUGGUUUCAAUUUGACCACUCCCGUCAAGAGAACGAGCCCCGAGGAACGAAGAGAAACUAUAGUUCAAUUACCUGAAUUUCUACCUGAGAACAGUCGCGAUGAAACCAGUACCACAAAUGGAAAUGCCGUCAUAUUAAAAAAGAGUCUCACUUUAUCGGUGGACCCUGGAAUUUCUAGUAAGAAAUCAAGUUACAUGAGCAUACAGAGUGAAAAGUCUAGCGGCAGUAACAGUAACAUCAGAGAUUCAGACAGUGAAAAUGUCGAUGAACGGAAAAGCAGUGUGGGAAGAAAAACAAUUUCAGACUUGAUGCAAACUAAUCCUGAUAUGCGAAGUCGUAGGAAGAGAGGAAUUAUUGCUCCACCGAUCGAUAACGGAAAAAUACAAACAGAUUUAAGUUACGAGAAAUAUGCAAAGGACGAAAAAUCAGCAGAACAAAUUAAAAAAGCCAUCAUGGCUAAUGACUUCUUGAAAAAUAUCAUGGACGAGGAUCGUCUUACGGCAGUAGUGGAAGCUAUGAAUUCCCAGGAGUACCCAGCUGGUAGUCUCAUGAUACGUGAAGGAGAAAGUGGAAGUCAUCUCUUUGUAUCAGCAUAUGGUCGUUUUGAAGUAUUGAAAGGAGGUCAAGUGGUUAAAAACUUCGGACCAGGGGAAGCGUUCGGUGAACUAGCCAUAUUAUACAAGGCGAAAAGAUUUGCAUCGAUUAGGUGUAUAACAGAAGCAAAAGUAUGGACCUUGGAGCGACGAGUUUUUCAAAAAAUUAUGGUUCGGAGCGGGAGGCAAGAACAGGAAGAUAACAUUCGGUUUUUGUCAUCAGUGCCGCUGUUACAGGGCAUUCAUCCUAUUGAAUUAGCAAAGAUUGCUGACUUCCUAAAAAGGGAGUUUUUCUCUGCUGGUACGGCAGUUGUGAGGCAAGGGGAUCGCGGAGACAAAUUUUAUAUUAUCCGAGGUGGUACUGUGGUGGUAUCGAAACGUGAAGAGGACGGAGGUGAUAGACGCGUAGGGUCAUUGGGCCGAGGUCAGUACUUCGGUGAACAGGCCCUCCUGCAUGAAGACCGACGCUUAGCCACCGUCACCGCAAUGCCGCCUGGAGUCGAAUGUCUAACCCUAGAACGCGGACCCUUCACCGAGCUGUUAGGAAAUCUAGAGGAGUUGAAAAAUGUUAGACAUGCGGAUCCAAGACCAUCCCAACAAAAGAAAUCAUCAAUUAUACGCAGUGAAUUUGAAUAUGUCGAAUUGAAGGACCUCGAGAUUGUCGGUACUAUGGGUGUGGGUGGGUUCGGGCGUGUGGAACUCGUCCAAUAUAAAAAACAACCUGAACGCACAUUCGCUCUGAAAUGUCUGAAGAAAGUCGACAUGGUCCAACAACAGCAGCAGGAGCAUGCUUUUAAUGAAAAAAAUAUUAUGAUGAUAUGCAACAGCAGAUUUAUUUGUCGAUUAUAUCGCACGUUCAAAGACAAUAAAUACAUCUACUUCUUAAUGGAGCCUGUGUUGGGUGGUGACGUGUGGACAAUCCUUCAGAAACAGAGAUAUUUCCCGGAGAACAUCGCUCGUUUCAUGGCCGCUUGUGUGGUCGAGGCUUUCCAGUAUCUGCACUCCAAAGAUAUUAUAUACAGAGAUCUUAAACCAGAAACUUGA